AUGAAUGAGCUCUACCCGGGGGUGUCGAGGAAACUGUUUUGGAACUCUGAUAAAUUAUUUUACGAUAAUAUAAGGAACCUAGAUGAAAGACUAAACGUGAAUGAUAAUUUUAAUGAAAAUAAAUAUGAACAGCUGUAUCGUGAAAAGUACGCCAGGAAUAAAAGGAGGUUUAAAACAGAGCCACCUAAAAAUAUUUGUGAGGAAGGAAAUUCUAAAUUUUACCCGUCUUUUUUUAACAGUAUAUUUAAAAGCUUAUCAAGGAAUGUGGUAUCGAGUGAGGAAGAUAAACAAGGGGAGGAAGACGCGAAGGACAAAAAAAAGACUUCUUCGCGACAUUCAAACCAUUCGGGGGAUGUUACUCUUCCCGAUUUGGACAAAGGCGACAGUCCACGUGUUAGCCCACAGAGUACAAACAACGUCGCGCAUGUGAAGAGUGAUGUGGAUGAAAGUUUUUUGGUUAAGAAUACUGGUGAGGGUAAACCAGGGGAGCCCGCUGGAGGGGGGCGAAGAAGGUAUACUUAUGGAAGCAAGAGAGGGGUGGCUAGCUCGGAGGAGGAGGAAGAGGAGGAGUUGCAAACGGAAGGAGAAUCCGGAGAGGUGAAAAGGGCAGAAGCGAGCAGUAGCCCAUAUCGAAGUGGUGAAUGGCGAAGCGGUGAAUAUCGCACUGGGGGUGUGCCCAGGGAAGGUGUCAAGCGGAUGGAGCAAAACCGGGGCGCGCAGAAAACGGCCAGCAGCGCGAGACUUGUAAACAGUGAUGUCAUUUCAGACGUCUUCCUAAAGAAGAAUGUAAAGAGCCUAGUGGUUCAUGACACGGGCGGUAUAGACAUAGAACUUAUUGAAAAUGAAAACCCAGAGUUUCUAUACCAUACUUACACCGGGAACAGAAUAUCAAAUAUGUAUUAUGCGUAUGACGAUUCUAUAAAGAGUAAGGAAUAUUGUGAUGAUAAGAAGAUAAAUAGGUUUAAUUCAACUUUUUCUCGAAGGGAAAAUGGAACUAUGAGGGAGUCUACAUCGAGAGAAGGUUGUUUUGUGAGGGAAUUGAUCACCACAGGUGAGGUUAGCCCAAGAGCGUCUUCAGUGAAGGAAUCAUCUGCGUACAAUGGCAGAAGAGAAAACAAACAAAACACAUCACAUAAUAAAUCGGAGUUGUCUACGGACAGCAAUAACAGUAAGCGCUGUGAUGAGCAGAGCUAUACUAAGAAAAGUGAGAUGGAAGAAAAGGUCUCCAGUUGGUCCAAUGAGGUGUAUCAUUAUGACAGUUGCAACACGUAUGAAGGAAACAGAAACAAAGGCACUUCCAACUGGUCUGGGGAGCGCAAUAAAGUGUUCGCCUCCUACUCUUCUGUGUCUAGUAUAUCUGUAAAUACGUUAGAGAAGGACAAGGGUAAGAAGUACCACUAUAUUGGGGAAACUAUGAAUAACGUUCGAAAUGGAUGGGGCAUGUUAAUUUAUAAUGACCGAGUCAUAUUUGAAGGGGAAUACAAAAUGAAUAAUGCCAUUGGGUAUUUUAUUAAGUAUAAUGAAUAUUCCACAGAGAUUGGAUUCAGGAGUCCUCUGAGUAUUAAGUCCGUUGUCAUCAUGAGUGAUAGCGAUAAUUUCAUUAUACAAAACAAAUGUGAGAAUCUUGAAUCUGUGAAGAGUGACGAAAUGGGAGCUAGCCAAAAUGGUACUCCAAAAUUGGAAGGUAAUGACAGCCUGGAGGUAGCAAUUAAGGGAAAGGAGGGGGGAUUAUUGAAUUGUGAAGGGAAUGUAGGAGCAUUUUGUGAGACUAGAAGCUAUAUGGAGAAGUCAGAAAUAAAUUUGUCUUGUCCACAAAAAUUUCCAACGAUCAGUAAUUACAUGCGUUUAUCUGAUUAUAGAAGAACCCCUGGGGUUUUUACGACACCUAACAGUAAUAAAUUGUACAAGGAAAAUGUACUCAUGAAUAAUCUCCUGAACAGUAUAAAGGAUACUGAGUGCUCUACAAAGAAAAAGGAGGAAGUAGGAGGGAAGGCCAAAAAUUUAACUGUGGUGUCUAGCUACAUUAGAAGGAAUAGUAAACAUAGGACAACCCCUGCGCGAUCUAUCAAUUAUCUGAAGCCACCCAUGAUGCACUUGAUAAAAAAUAAUAUUAUUUUAAAUAAGAAUUCGUUUUUGAAGAACGAUAAAUCGGCAUCGUCCAGGAAGAGGAAGGAACAAAAAACCACCAUGCAUUGCUCCACCCCAAUGAGCAUCAUCGUGACGUCGUUCGAUACGGACGAUGAGUCGGGCUCGUCUGAAAAUGACGCACAUGGGGGGAAUGAUACACCUGGGAAGAAUGAAGAGAAGGAAACCUGCUCAGCGGAAAACGGAACUACACUGAGCGGCGCUCAGCCAGUCACUGUCUUAUCGGAGCGCGAUGCGGCACUGGAGCACGGGAAGCAGUUUGGCAGAGGCGACUUGAAAAAAAAUGGACUCACACUUUUGAACCUAGAGAACAACAAUCAUGUUAAGGGAAUACAUUUGGGUAAUGAAGACGACGAGACGAAUCAUUUCUCAAACAAUGACGAGAAGGCGGAGGGGGGAUAUGCUGUACAUUCGGGAGUGGUCAGUACAGAUUAUCAGGAGGAAAACGUGGAGGGAUUUUUCAAGGGAAAGAAAAGGCGUACGAAGAAUCGAGCCUCUUUUACUAACGCAGAGGGGAGCGUAGCGGGGAGCGCAGCGAUUGAAGGAAGCGUGGGCGUUUACACGGAGGAUACGAAUAAGGGCACGGUCGGGAAGACGUACAAACAUGUGGACAGAGCUGACGUGGCUAUGAGGGGGGAGGAGGAAGCCGAGCGGCGUGCACACUUCGGGAUGGAAGCGUCGGACGAGGCGGAAACGGAGGAGCACGCUGAAGGAGAGGGGAACGGCCAGAACAAGCUGAACAUUGUUAUCACCGACCAGUACAGAAAUUUAUUAUGCGAUAAUAUUAACAACGACAAUUUUGUGAUAAAGAAUAACGAGAUUAAGACGUUUGAGGAGUUCAUGGAGAGCCAGGGAGAGUAUAAAGCGGGUGGGAGGGAUGAGUGGCGAGAGGCUAUGCGUGAUCCAAGCGCGGGAGCAGACUACCAAGGUGGAGGUGAUGGGUCCAGUUUGAAAACUACGAUUAGGGGAGACCUCUCCGCCAAAUGUAAAACAGAGCAAAAUGAACAGGAUGAGAAAAAGGAAAAGUUGCAUUUUGGCCACCCCGAUAAGGCAUACAUAAGAAGGCGUCUGCGAGGAGCGACCUUCCCAGAAACGCAUGACGAUAGACAGAAGAAUUGUUUCCUCUUCAUAGACGAUUAUUUAACUUCCAACGAUGACAAAUUUAAUUUAAUAAACGAAGAUGUGAAAUUGAGAGCAUCAGAUUAUAAUAAGUGGUCUGUAAAUAUGCUAUACAAUUUUUUAAAAAUGAUAGGACUAAAAAAGGAAGCUUAUCUGUUCAAGAUCCACAAGAUAAGAGGGUACCACAUUUUGAAGUUGACAGACAAGGAGUUAAAAAGAUUGAACAUAAAUAAUUCUUAUGUUCGAAAAUUUGUCUUGUCUGUUUUUCGUUUUUUAGUUAAUUCUAUGGACAGUGCGGAUCCUUUAUCUUUAAAUUUUAACACGAAUAGAAAAUUUUCAUUUAAUAAAAUACGCACGAUAUGCAAUAGUGACAUUAUUAUACUUAACAAAGUUGGUGGUGGGAGUUACGCACAGGUGUUCAGGGCUAAGUAUAAGGGAAAGUACGUUGCGUGUAAAUUGUUUUUGUAUAAUCCAAAGGACAUGAGUGAAGAGAGCUAUUGCGAGAGUUACAUAUCAACCCCUAGAUCGAGUCACCAAUAUAUUUUCCCUAAAAUAGCCCCCAACUUAACCGUGUUCGAUGAGAAUCACUUUGGUGAUAAGGGAAUAUUACCGUCAUACUCGGGGCAAAGUGAUACGGCAGAGGGGGCAAAUCAGUGUGGUGGUAGCAACAUGGCAGGUAUGCAGUCUGCGCAACGGGCGAGAUGUGAUAGUGGAGGAGGAUCAACAGAAGGGGAAGAGUUACACAAAGACGAUUCUCUUUAUGCCCUCUCUGGGAAGAAGAAAGGAAAUGAAGGAGAAGGGAAAAAUGUUAAUAGCACCUCUUACACACUACAGAGAAAUAAGAAAAUAAAAAAAAUGGCCAACUUGGAAAUUUUCAGAUAUUUCCCAACCCCAGUGAAGUACCGGAAUUACGAGGCGAAAAUUUUGUACUCUUUACAAGGGUGUAAUCAUGUGAUAAAAUUGCUUGGAGUUUGUAGUUUACGGGAGGGGGAAGAAUCUCUCAUCUUAGAGUAUUGUGCAGGGGGAAGCCUCGAGAAAUACAUUUACAUGGACGAGAAGAAGAAGAACGGCGCAUAUAAGCGUCAUUUGUCGAGACCUAAAAUAGUAAAAAUAUUUCAGCAAGUGGCAGAAGGAAUGCACAAUGUACACUCCAAACAUUUUUUCCACAGGGAUUUAAAACUUUCAAAUAUUCUGCUGGAUGCUAAUCAGGAUGCAGUCAUUUCCGACUUUGGAUUGUCGACUCAUUUUUCUUUAAAUGAUAGCCCCACUGCUUAUGCCAUGUAUGGGAAUGUAUUUUAUGCGGCCCCCGAGGUUUUAAAAGGGGAGGGUUUUUUUAAAGAAUCUGAUGUGUGGUCCUUUGGAGUUAGUUUAUGGGAAGCCUUGACAAGAAAAAUUGCUUACGAUGGGAUGUCUGCUUCAGAGAGUUUUUGUAAAAUUUCAGCUGGGGAGUUGGUCCUUCCCAUUCCUAGGGACCUUCCCUUGGAGUUGUCUGAGUUGCUGAGGAGCAUGCUGGAGUACGACUUCACCAAGCGGCCCCUGUUCGACGUCAUAGCGAGACGGCUGGAGCGCAUUCGGCUGGAUGCCCACGAGAAGCUGCACGUGGACAUCCAAUCCUUCUUUUAUGGGUAG